CGUCGCCGGCGUCCAUCGGCGUUAGUUCUUCCGCAGCCGCCGUCCUUCUUUCCUUACUACCAGAAGGGAAAGCGAUGGGGAUUGGAUGGAGAAGUGCGAGUGGAAGUAGGCGGAAGAUCGAAGGAGAGGAUGGAAAUGCAGGUCGUUUUCUGGGUGGUACUGGCGUCUAACGGCGAUGCAAGGAUGACGACAGUGAAAGAGAAAAUGAUCGAAUUGAGGGGAGUGAGCAGAAUUGGUGUGAUUUUUCUCUGGAUCAUGCUCUAUGGGGGAAAGAAACGAGAGAGAGGAUUGAGAGGUGAGCGGCUG